AUGCGUCACUGUGAUGUGCGGGAUUAUCAGAUAACACGGCUCUUGGAAUCGGCGGAUAAGAUGGAGGCUCUUACUCUGCUGCAUGUGCACAAUCAGACGGGAGAAUCUUAUCUGCAGUACAAUAUACUCAGCAAGGUGCCAGCCUUAAAACUCAUCCACAUAACGAUUCUCGGAAUAUUGCCGUUUUCACCUGAGGAGCUGUCCCAGCAGUGCACGCGCCUCAGCUUUUUGAUUAGCGACUUGAUCAACAGGGAAUUCAAAAUAUACGGACCAACAGCUUACCUACAAAACUACUAUAAAUAUUACCAUGAAUAUUUCAAGACCCACUGA